UACGCUGCCUUGGCCGGUGGAGGACCUUCGUGGCCAGCCUCUCUCUCAGUACCUCGGUCUGCCUGUGAAACAAUAUUCCUGUGGACAUAAGUGACGAGCAAAAUGGUUUCUUCGGUGCAUGUUGAGCCGGUGUCUCGGACUGACCAGUACAAACGGGUCAUGAAGCCCAUGUUGGAGAGGAAGAGACGAGCCCGCAUAAAUCGCUGCUUGGACGAGCUACGAGACCUCCUGGUGGCGGCGCUGCAGGCGGAGGGCGAGACCGUCACGCGGCUGGAGAAGGCCGAUAUUUUGGAGCUGACGGUCCGUCACGUUCGACGCCUUAACCAGAGGCGCUGCUUGACGCUGCCCCCCGGCGGCCACGACCCGCGUCACGACGCCCUCAAGUUCCAGCAGGGCUUCGUGGCCGCCGCCCAGCAGGUGCAGUCCUUCCUUAUCGCCUCCCCGUCGCUGGAGCCUUCAGUGUCCUCCCGCCUCAUCACGCAUCUAACAUCCUGUGCUUCAGCCAUGUCCGGAGUGCCCUCCUCCACCCCUAACACCACGCCCGCGCCGCCCACGGGAUCACCUUCAGCGCCUCCUGGGGUGGUGACCGCGCCCCGCCCUACACCCGUCCGCCCGGUGAUGAUUCCUUCCGCCUCGCCGCCCAUGUCGCCGCCCCCGCUGAUGGAUCUAAGCAUGAAACCCAAGCUAGUGGCGCCCACGCCCAUCCGCGAUAUGAACAUGCCGCAGGACCUCUCCAUGCGUCGGCCGGCGCCCCGCGACCAGCCGGACCAUCCAUACGACGGCAAGUCGUCCUGGAGACCCUGGUGAUCACUACAGCAGGAGGAAUUCUCCUCCAAUCCAGUGGCAUUUUGACUGGAGUUUUGAGUCUUCAAAUCUCAAUUGAGGCAGCAGGAGUGAGUGCGCCCUCACUGCGCCCCCCUCGCGGGCGCUGUGGGCGGGAGUGCGCACAUCGCCACGCCCCCGGAGCGGAGCAGCGCCAUGCGUGUGGAUUCGACGUGCCAAAGUGGAGACAGCCAUGUGUACGGAGUGCCUUGUAGAGCUUUAAGUACAAGACGUGAGAGAAGCGACGGUGGAGGCAGCCCCCACACACUCACCUCUCCUCUGUAUAUUGUGAUAUAAAAAAAAGAGUUUGUGAUCGUUUGUACAUAAUUUGACUUGUACAUCUUUUCCACUGUGAUAAAUGAUUCUUAGCAAAUAUUGCUUUUUGGACUCUGUAUAUAUAUAAGAAAAAUGCAUUAAUCCUUGCAUAAGGAAGACACCGCGCCAACAGUCUUUCAAAAAGUGUACAAAAAAAUAGUAUUAUAGAAAGAUUUUUGAGGGCAUUGCCCUAUCCCCAUUCGACCUUCAGAGGCCGAAUGAUAAGUUACAUAUUUUUUUAAAACUAUAUAUGAUUGACUUUGUUGUUGCAAAGCCAUCGGAUGCCCAUUUUUGGUCACAAAGGUUAAGUUUUAAGUUAUAUUUGACCUGCAAACACUACUUAAUUAAGAGAGGUUUGUUAUAUGUUGCCAGGUCUGGCCGCCAGGUGGACCUCGGGGCUCCACUAUGUAUAAAUUGUGAUAUUCAUUUCUGUGAUGGAAAUAAAAAGACUUUUUGUA